CCGCAACCGCCUGGGGAUUUUUCUGUCAAACCGUCACAAAACCUUUUUAUGAAACAUGACGUUCCAAAUUUUGAAUCUAGAGAUUCUGCCGCUGACUCUGGAAUUCGACGCCAUAGCGGACACCAUAAAGUCCUUUUUCUCGGUGGGGCUCCUGCAAGACGAACUUGGUGUCACAGUCGAUGCUCCGAAGAGUAGUUUUGCCUUUCAGAACUAUAAAUGUCGAAGACCCAAUCCUUACCAGUUACUGGUUUUCGGAAGAAUAAACGAGUGUGGGGUGAGUGGAAACGCGGUAAAGGAGAUCGAGAUCCCGACAGUAAAAUUUGAUAAAAAGGUUCCCGAUUUGACCCAGGAACAAAUGCUGGCUAUAUCCCAACUUCCUUCCAAGAUGACAAAUAGAUGCAAGGCUUUGAUGAGAAAAAUAAUUUGUUUUUCGAGUGAAAAUGAGAAUGUUGAUAAUAUGUUGGCUGCUUGGGUGAAGAGCACAAAGCCAAGAAGAGCUGAUUGGCUUUCUAUUUUCAAAAAACUGGAGAGGACGAGUCAUCCGUUGUAUUUCGAGUUGGCCAAAUCAUCUUUUGUGAUAUGA